GUACUAAUUUCUUGUUAUCACUAUCUGGAUAUUUCAUUAUGACUUGACGCGGCAUAUUCGGCACUCGGACUGUGCUCACUAUAUUUAAUCGUUACUCACCAUUCGGUAUUUAGUAGAAAUAUGCCACAUGUGUGUUCAGUAUCGUAACGGACAUCGAACGGAUGUACCGAAAUCGCAAUUUUCUUCUCGGAAUUUUUACUUUAUCGACAAUGUAAUAUUGCGGGUUGUCAAAAUUCCAAUUUACUUUUAAUUACAAUUUGAAACUGAAUUUCGAACAUUCGACACACCUUCACGAUUUUCUGAAUAAUCGGGGUAACAUGAUUGUAAUUACAUUUUUAUUAAUGCUCGGUGUGGUUUCUGCCAAUCAGAGUAUACCCUGGUGGAACAUCAAGGCUGCUCAAAAACAAGGACCGAACGUUUGCGUCGUCGAACAAGUUCCUGGUACCAACAGGAAGUAUUAUACCGAGUGCAAGUAUUGGCGACCAAGAACAAUAUGUGGCAAUGAAACGAUCAUCAAGUACGAGUGUUGUGAGGGAUAUGAGAUGGUGCCAGGCCAAUUGGGAUGUACAGGAGUAUCGCCAUUGACGGAUGUGGUGGAAACAGCGAGAAAUGCUGGUGCUGGAAAGUUUGCGAAUUUUUUAGAAAAGACUGGAGUGGCUACGGAGCUCAGACAAGGACUAACGGUGACGCUGUUUGCUCCUAGUGAUGAAGCUUUCGACGCUUAUGUUAAAACAUACGGAGCCAUCAAACCGGAGAAAAUCACGUCAGAAAAAUAUAGAAAACUGGCGAUGCAUCAUUUGGUGGAUAGAAAACUUUUGUCCGAUCAGUGGGGAGCUGAUAAAUUAAUCGACUCGAAAUUGCCUGGGCACAAAAUACGCAUCAACAAAUAUUCCAACGGCAUGGAGACCGUAAACUGCGAGUCAGUUAUGCGAAAAAAUCAGCAAGCUACGAACGGAGUUGUUCAUAUCAUCGACGGUGUUCUUAUACCAGAUCGAUAUCAAAAUAUGGGCAUAGUCGAGGCGAUUAUUACCGAUGGAAGAUUCAAUGUACUUGCCAAGGCUCUGAAUAAUAGCGACACCAUCGUUGAACGUAUUAAAAACAGUGAUGUGCCCCAUACCUUCUUUGCACCAAGUGACGAAGCGUUUCAAAAAAUACCAUGGAGUCGCUGGAGCAAGAUUCUCGAUGACAAAGAUACUUUGGAAGCUUUUCUUGCCAAUCAUAUAAUAUCCCAUGCUGUUUGCCUCUCUGGAAUUAUUUCGGAACAUCAUGCCAAAACCCUUGGCCCACAGAGACUGACUUUGGAUUGUACUUCGCGUGGGCGAUCGGUAGAAGGCCAAAGGUUGAGGAAGGACUUUUUGCAUGGUCUGGAUGGGCUUGUUUACCUCAUCGACGACGUACUUUUGCCCGACAGAGCCAAAACUGUCACAGAGUUAGCCAAAGAUGAAAAGCUCGGUACUUUUAUGCAAGUGAUCAAAAACGCUGGAUUAGAGGACGCUUUCGAAAAUUUUGACUCUUACACUCUCUUGGCACCCUCUGAAGCUGCGAUUUAUUCAGCGAUAUCUGAAGCAGAGUUGAAGUACAUGGGAACAGAUCGCGAAAAGGCAAAGGAAUUUGUUCUCAACCAUGCUGUUUUUGGCAAACAUACCACAGAUUCUAUUUACGAUAAUCAGGUGGUGAUGAGUCUUGAUGAAAAGACACCUCUUCGUUUCCAAGUUUAUCGCGGUAGUGUGGGUAUCGAGGAUGCAGCGAUAGAAAAGGCAGACAAGCAGGGGAGCAACGGAGUUUUGCACGUGAUUAAUAAAGUUCUUCGAUCAAAUAACAAUUCACUGGACGAUGUGCUAAAAACAAAUGGAAAUUUCAGUAUUUGGCUGCAAGCAAUGGAUAAACUUCUAACAAUUCAGCCAGUAGAGUUCCAGGAAUUCAUACGGCCGUCUGAGUCCACCGUAUCCUACACUUACUUUGUGCCAUCAGACGGAGCAUUCCGACAGUUGGAUCAAGCGAAGCUGGACCGAUUGAUGAACGAUUCCACAUAUUUAGCUAAGACUCUAAAGAAUCACGUUGUGAAUAAUAUGAUGGUUUCGGGAGGAUUCCGACGGGAUCUUCGGUAUGCUGUUAAGACAGAGCAGAACACAGUUGACAUAGUCAAAAAAAACGACACAAUAAUGGUCAAUGACGCCACAUUGAUUAGGUGCGAUAUGUUGAGUAGAAACGGAGUUGCACACGAGAUAAACAAGGUCCUGCUACCUGAAAAUAAUUCGCACCCUCGCCGAUACUUGCGAAGAAAUCGUGGAUCACGACGCGCGGAUAGGAUUCAACCAUCAUCCUCGCGUCCCAAUACUCUACGUAAUCAUGAUAUUACAACUGACGAAUAGCAUUGAAAACCUCUGCUUUUAC